GGCAAGAAUAAUAUUUAUGACAUAGAGAAAUCAUCCCUCUUAGUCAGCUCACAAAAAUCUAGAAGAACCACCGAAGCAAAUAUUUAAAUAAUGACCUGGAAUUUGAUUGAUUUGUACGAUUGAACACCGGCAAUCGCGGUCUUGUAUAAGGGGGAGCCUGUUCUUCCUCCAUAUUCAAUCGCUUCGAUCGACUUUUUUCAACAAAGUUAUGAAUCGCUUCAACCAAAUUAUCUCGCAUAAUCUUAUACAAUUGCUGUGAGAUACCCAUCACCUAUAUAGGUAUGGUGAAAUAUCGCUCGUUUUCUGCUAAGGGUAGAAUGUCUAGAAAAGGUAGAUACCUAACUUCGUCGGGGGCACCGCCAAAGGUUGCUCCUUCGGAUGCGGAGGGUGGUGCUUCACAAGUCGGCGCCGGCGCCCACACCUCCAUGACGGGACGGGGAGGCGCGAUGGUCAUGCGAAGCGUCUCAAUUUUCCUUGCAAGUGGUCGCAAAGUCUCCGUGGCGUCCAAACGAGCCAAGAUCGUAAACUCUUCCUCGUCGGCGAUCGACGCCGCUCCUCGGCAACGCAGAAGGAUGCCAGACGACGCUAAUACCAAGAGCGCUGCUUUGACAGCUAAAAUUCUCGAAAGUUUGAAAAAGAAAACUAAAUUUUCCAGAUCUGAGCUCGAGGCACUUUGCAAGAUUUAUUGGAAGCUGAUCACCAGUCCAGGACAACACGCUGGGCCGACAACUGUGAUAAAUGGGAUGCCUUCGACGGCGCAGACAGUCGAGGGUAUCGACAGGAUCAUAUUUCGAGAAUUACUUCACAAUACCUUUGAUAUAAUAACGGAGGAUGCCCUCAUCGAACGGAUGUUUUGUUGCUGGGACCGGGAAAGUGAAGGAGCGAUACGAUUGGAAGCAUGGAUCCUUGGACUGGACGUUUUUCUCCGUGGUACUCAAAAGGAGAAAAUGGAGUUCUGCUUCAGGGUUUACGACCUCAAUAACGACGGCUAUAUCACCAAGGAUGAGAUGUUUCAAUUGUUCAAAAAUUGUUUGAUAAAGCAGCCGAGCGAAGAAGAUCCUGACGAGGGCGUACGAGAUCUGUCAGAACUAGCUCUGAGGAAACUCGAUGUUGACAAGGACGGUAAAGUCUCAUUCGAGGAUUACGAGAUCGCAAUAAAAGAAGAACCACUACUGCUCGAGACUUUCGGCCAGUGUCUACCGACAGAAGAAAAUUGCGUUAGUUUUUUAUCGACUCUUCAAUCCUGA